AAUCAUCGCGUCAUGCUAUCAUUAUCUAGUUUUAUACCGACAGUGUAGUAAUAAACGUGUAAUCAUUAAUUUUCUUCGAAUUAAUGAGAAUAUUGAGCGUUUUUAAUUGCAUUAUCGCAAAGGAAUUAGUGUCAAACAGCCAAUGUAGACGUUUCUGUUCGAAAAAGUAUUUUUCGACGAAAAUGAGUGAAGAAAAAGAAUUUUGUGUCGAAGCGCCUUGGGGAAAAAUAAGAGGUGUAACAUGGGGCAGUCCAUCCCAGCCUCCAGUAUUAGUGGUGCACGGCAAACUGGACGUGUGUACCGGAUUCCGACCGCUCGUCAAGCUGCUCCCGCCCUCUUUUUACUAUGUCGCUGUUGAUUUACCAGGCAACGGCCGCUCCGACCACCUGCCCCGAGGGGUGAGGUACACAGUGUUCGACCUGGUGCCGACUGUUGAAGUUGUUAAGAAGAAGUUCGGCUGGGAUAAGUUUAUUUACAUGGGGCAUUCGCUGGGCGCUCUUAUUGGCAAAAUCUAUAACAUAGUGCAUCCAAACGUGAUCACCCGCGUGGUGGAGUUAGACCCAGUACCCGCGCACCACACGUGGGACACCACCAGAGAAGCUAUGCGCGCCUGGUACCACAUCUACUAUGGGUCCUAUGAAGAGACCAAGUAUAAGAAGAUCCAUGGUCUUCCGGAGACUGCGCCUAAAUAUACUUAUGAAAAGGCCCAAGAGCUGAUGAUGAAAUCGCGGAAAAUGACGAAGGAAGCUUCGGAGCAAGUCCUGGAGAGAUGUUUGGAGCCGGUCGGAGAUGGACUGUACAGAUUCACAUACGACCAACGCAUGAAAGAGGUGACCGUCCUUCCUUUCUCUGGAGAACUCCUGAAGAAGAUUUACACCACCACCACCACCCCUACCUUGGCCAUCCUCGCCCAAGCAGAAAUUGACUUGAAGGCCUACGAAAAUUGCGAGUUUACUUGGGAUCUUGGCUCUUGGCCGAACAAAAAUUACAGCUUCAAGAUUGUAGAUGGACAUCAUGAUGUCCACGUGUAUAACCCCCAGUGCUUGGCUGAUGAUGUAGCCAGGUUUUUGUUGGAACAUUUUAAGGCAAAAUUGUAAUUGAAGAAUAAAAUGUGUAAAUGCAGCGUA